AUGGGCGACGGAAAGUCCUCCUCCAAGUUCAAGCUCGACCCCAUGUCGCUGCUUCUCCCACACGAGCGCGCAGCCAUGAUGGGUCCCCCCCAGGUUCCUGUCAAGGCUGCGUCGUCGGGCGCCGAGACGUACAAUGCCAUGUACCACCAGCCAGCACCGGCUGCAACGACCCAAGCUGUCCAGACACACUACGUGCCCGUGCCCUCCAGCCAAGCAGCUCCAUUGAGCCCUCCAGCGUCGCUCAUGUCCACGCCCCCAUCGGCUUGGGAUACAUCAUCGUCGUGGGGCGCGAUGGACAGCGUCAUUGAAGGUGGUUCAGCCACCGCGUCCUCAUCCUCUGGACCGUGGGCUGGCGGACGGUAUCCUCCUCGCCAACUACAGCAGCAAGGUGGUUCGAGCCUGGGCAUCUACCAGCCCACCAUUCACCAUGUUCCCCAACCACGGGCGCGCGCACGGCUCGAGGACUGGGAGAUUGUUGAAACGCUGGGAACCGGCACGUUCGGUCGUGUGCUUCUUGUUCGCCAACGUCCCUCGUACCGCCAGUCAUCCUACCACCCCAUCUUCCCUCAUCUCUACCAGGCCACCAACCCCCACUCGCCCUCGCCAGCAGCCACCCAACAAGCAGACGGACAACUCCCACAUUUUGCCAUGAAGGUGCUGCGAAAGUCGGAAAUUGUCCGCCUCAAGCAGGUCGAGCACAUCAACUCGGAACGCCGGAUCCUCGAGCGCGUUCGCCAUCCAUUUAUUGUCGAGCUCUACGCAACGUACCAGGACAACCUCAACGUCUACAUGUUGCUAUCCUACAUUCCCGGUGGCGAGCUCUUCUCCCAUUUGAGACGCGCAGGCCGCUUCUCUGCCGACGUGACGCGCUUCUACCUCGCGUCCAUCGUCUUGGCGAUUGACUAUCUCCACUCGAACAACAUCAUUUACCGUGACCUCAAGCCUGAAAACCUGUUGCUCGACCGCACAGGAUACCUUCGCAUUGCCGACUUUGGCUUUGCAAAGGUCGUCGAGGACCGCACGUUCACCCUGUGCGGCACCCCAGAGUACCUGGCCCCCGAGAUUGUCCUCUCGCAGGGCCACGGCAAGGCCGUCGACUGGUGGGCAUUGGGUAUCCUCGCCUUUGAGAUGCUCGCCGGUUACCCGCCCUUCUUUGACGACCACCCCUUGGGUAUCUACGAGAAGAUUCUCCGCAACGAGAUCGCCUUCCCCUCGCACAUUGACGCCUACGCAAAGGACCUCAUUCGCGGCCUCUUGACGGCGGACCGUACCAAGCGUCUCGGAAACCUCCGGGGCGGCGCCCGCGACGUCAUGAACCACGCAUGGUUCGCCGGUGUCGACUGGGGAUCACUCGAGCGCAAGGAGAUUGGCGCGCCCAUCGUCCCGCGUGUCGGCAGCAUGAGCGACUCGCAAAACUUCCAGCGGUACCCGCCUCCUCGACCCACCGAGCUGCCCGGUAUCUUUGGCGCCCCCCAUGACCCAGCAGAGGACCCGUACGCGUCGCUCUUCCGCGACUUCAGCUUCCCCAGGCCAGGGGACGACGUGGACGAGGAGAUGUGA